AGGUGAGACACUGAGAGGGACAAGCUGGUGGGAGCCAGUGCCAAGGGGCGGGCCUGGCCCUCGGGGGAGGGCCCCGCUAAGCAUGUGUUCCCCCCCCCCAUACCCCUCGUUCCCUCUCCACGGAGCCCAGCUGCUAAAGACACAAAGCCCCUAGAAAUGCAUUUCCCUCGCUUGACUUGCACCAGAGGGCCCGCCAUCUUGCUCUGGGUUCUGGUCCUGGCCUGGGCCACAGCGAGUCAAGAAGAGGAAUUGUGGACGACCCAGCAACCUGAAGAGGACCCAGAGGGAGGCUGGAAGGUUUCCCGUUUCUUCUGGAAGACCGUGGAGCCCGUGAUAACCAAGGCUAGGGAGGGCUGGAACUGGAUCCGGACUCCAGGACCUGUCCGAGGCUAUCUUCAGACGUACUACGAAGACCAUCUCAGCGGCCUGAGCCUCAGGGCCCAGAACUGGCUCUAUGAGUCCCAGCAGAAAGCCCGAAGUCUCUGCCCCAGAAGGUUCUGCCCAAACGACUAGAGCAAUGGGCUACGAAGCAAGAAACCCCAACUUUCAUCAUGCUGGCCAUACAUGGGAACCAGAGACUCCCCCUCUGGGCUUCCACUCCCCCCAUAUCAAGGGAUGUUGGACUUCUGCAUGUUUUACGGUGGGACAACCCUGGUUCUAAGGCCCCUCCCAGCUUUCACAUCCCCUGUCCAAGGUCCUCCCAUCUCUGACAUCCCUUGUUCCAAGGCCCUCCCCACUCUGACAUCCCCUGUUCUAAGGCCCUCCCAACUCUACACUCUAUUCUAAAGAGCUUCCCCCCUCUGACAUUCCCUGUUCUAAGGUCUCUCCCAGCCCUGACACCUGUUCUAAGCCCCCUCCCAGCUCUGACAUCCUCUGUCCUAAGCUCCCUCCCAGCUCUAAUACCCCCUGUCCUAAGGCCCCCCAGCUCUGACAUCCCCUGUUCUAAGGUCCCCCAGCUCUGUCAUCCUCUGCUCUAAGGGUCCUCCCGGUUCUGACAUUUUCUGUGCUGAGGGUUUUUUGCCAUUAUUCUUUGUUGGGCGUUCUAAAAUGUUGUAUUUCAAGAUUUCUCACCCGUAGGACAUUUUAACAACUAGCAAUUAUCUGUAAAACGAUGCGACCACCUCUGGCCAGCCUCCUAAUAAAAUUGAGUCCCUUUC